UGCCGGGUGAUUUCACACCCUACGUGGAUCAGCAUUCCUCACGAGCCCAAUUACUGCAACAGAAAUACGAACGCGACAAUAAAAUCGAGCCUGAACUGCCUUUGGACAAGCUCUACUUGGGCGAUCACCUCUGCAAGUCGACAAAGCCGGACGUUACACUAACACGUCCAGUACUGCUGCCCUUAUCACGCGUUUCUUCACCACCGCCUGAGGUGGCUGACGUAAUACAAAAAGACGACCAAAUGCCACAAGUUCAGACAGAAACAUCCUUGCUACCGCAAACAGCUGCUCUGACAGAUUCUGUCGGGCCCAGUUUGGAAUAUUUUAAGCAGAAAUUCGGCUAUCAGAAUCCUGACUCACCUGCCGGUCCGAAUUUUGAGACAAAAAUGCCACUUAAGUCAAUUACCGCUAAACCAAACGAACGUUCACCGUCGCCCAUUAUACCGCCUUAUGCCAAUUUUGAGUUGGCCAAACGCAUGCAUCAUGACAAUUUGGAUCAUCAACCGCUGCCAGAUUGUGUAUUGGACAUGGCAUUCCGCAAGCGUCAAAUAACGGGUGAUAAUCCAGGCUUAGCGCUCGAUAUUGCGCCCUUUGCAACCGGUGUUGGCAUACGUACACACAAUGCCGGGCCCACACAUUGCACGAAAAUGAAGGUUUUUCGACCGCGCACAUGUGGCGUCGUGCCCAAAGCUUAUAAUGGCGAUUUGUCCCGCGGAAUUUCCUCAGCACAACCACAAAAACCAAUGACCGCUAUGGAUUUGGCCAUCGGUUGGGAUUAUCGUACUGCCAAUCCAGCUGACGAGCCACAGCCGCCGCCGCAUAUAGACGGUUCAGACGACACCGCCGGUCCAGCCGUGUUUAAUUACGUAAAAACGCCACGUGAUGAACCUACUACAGAUCUGGGUCGCUCGGCAGGCGUUUUCAAUAGCACACUCGGUGAAACAGGUUUCUUUGAUAAGGAUAUCAUGCGCCGUAAAUCGGAUUUCGGUGGUCGCGCUAUUGAGCGCGAUAUCGACUGUCUUUGUGAUGCAGACAAUAGCGCAGCGCGCGCACCAACACGCGCUCGUAGUGUAACGCGCAACUACGCAAUGCCCACAAAUCGAUUAAGCAAGCAAUAUCAGUCUUCACCUAACAUGCUAGCUGAUGAAGGCUACCGUGCACUACGUCAAAAAUAUCUGGGUGGUAGUGGCAAUAUUGCAGCUUCUUGUGAGGAUCUUAUAACAGAACGCGGCUGUAGGCGCUCGAAACAAGUUGGCGGUGCGGCUGGCUUUCUUAGUCGCGCGCGUUCAAGACUAUGUCACAAAGUCGCACCCGAGCCGCCGCAUUGCUAUCAUGCAGCACCACCGCAUACAGUUUGUAAAGCACCAUUUCGCGUUGGCGUGCCGAAAUACAAUGCAGCCGGUCAUUUCGUAAGUACGGAUAGCGGCUGUGGUAUGGAACCGCACACUGCCAGUCGGGUUUUGGUGGUGCCGCGACAACGUGAUCCUUAUGCAAAGCGCAAUUAUGAUAUUGACACGUUGGUGCCACCUUUUCGCAGUUUUGGCGGCGGUGCUGGUGAGGGCGGCUAUCCAGAGCACUGGCGGUUGGCUAGCGUUUAUCAACACGCUUAUAAACCGAUUGAGUUACGACGGAGGCCGCUCCUACAGACAGUUUACAAAUAA